AUGGCGGCUACAGUCCAGUGCCCCAUAUGUCUGGAGGAAAUGAAAGCCUCAAUCGGAAUGAUAGGUGGAUGUAAACACAUUUUCUGUUACAAUUGCAUCAAGAAGUGGACUGAAGUUAAACAAACCUGUCCUAUUGACCGUACACCAUUUGACUCAAUCAAUAUACUACACGAAAUUGAUGGUGCAGUUGUGGAAGAGGAAAAGCUAGAACCACAGAGGUUGAAUGAAUACGAUGAUUUCAAUGGCGACAUUGAUAUUAAUAACUUUGGGUCGUAUUUAUCUACAUCAGGACUUCGCUUACCUACAGCUCUGGUUUUGUGGGAUAUGGAUCAGCAUUAUCAAUGUUUAGGAUGUCAUGCUGUUUUAUCCGCAGACCAGAUACUUUUAUGUCGAAGAUGUGAGAUGCGAUUUCACACUGAUUGCUUAAUCAAUAAUUCUGACGAUAUUACUCGCAUCAUUUGUCCCCUUUGUGGACGAAGUGUGCAAUGA